GAAGAAACUUAAGUUGUAUUUCACCAUUUUUCUCUCUAUCGCAGUCGAGCCUCCUGGUUUGAUCGAAACCUGUCUUUUUUAGGGUUCCGUCCAAUUAUAUCUACAUCCACAUCUAUAUAAUAAUCCUAAUCCUGAUUCUAAUCCCUCUCUCAGAGAGAAGUUUUCAGAUUCCUAUUUCACCGCAGUAUUUUAAUGGCUUAUUCACCAUCAGAGUCAAACCCAGUGUUGUUGUUGUUUAUACGCUUCUUCAUCCCGAUUCUAAUUCCUUUUAGUUCUGCUUCUUCCAAUCCUCGUACUUGUUCACCCUUCGCCAUUUCAAAUUCCGAUUCUUUCUUGUAACACCUUACAAAUAAUACAUAAAACCCUUCAACAAAUCAAAGCAUACAUACAGAGCCCUAAAACCAUGGGAAAACGUAAUUCUCAACGGAAAAGUGCUGCAAUGUUCGAUACCGAUGAUGAUAGUAGCGUGACUUCGUCAUCAACUUCGCGUUCUGAUAUGAUGUCGGUGUAUGGGGGUGAAGAUGUGCAAUUUUAUCAAGAUUCUGUUCUCGACCAAGCUCUGGAUGCCUUAGAUGAGAAAAGGGGUUCCACAAGGGAGAAUGCUUUGUCAUCGAUCAUUGAUGCAUUCAAUAGCAAUAUUCAGCAUGACUUUGUGGAGAAGAAAUUUGCUACCUUACUACACCAUUGUCUUGCUUCAUUAAAAAAAGGAUCUAAAAAAGCAUCUGCUAAGGAGAUAUCUUUGGCAUCGCACGCCAUUGGUUGUUUGGCCUUGACUGUUGGAUGCGGCAAUAAUGCACGUGAAAUAUUUGAAGAAUCAGUUCGUCCUCUAGAUGAAUCUCUUGCGUCCAAGUCAGAUGUUUCAAAGAUACCCUCGUUGCUUGAAUGCUUGGCUAUAAUAACCUUUGUUGGAGGGAUCGAUCAAGAAGAAACCGAACAGUCAAUGGAUAUCAUGUGGCGAGUGAUCCAUCCCAAAUUAGGUUCCAAUGUGGUUGCAGUCAAACCAUCUGCCCAAUUAAUAACUUCUGUGGUGUCUUCGUGGUCUUUUCUCCUCUCUACCAUGGACGAUAUGAACCUAAAUUCAAAAAAUUGGCAAAAUCAAAUAUCUUAUUUAUCGGGUCUUCUGGACAAGGAAGAUCGGACUGUACGAAUUGCUGCUGGUGAAGCUCUGGCUCUUAUUUUUGAGAUUGGAACUACAGAGAAAUUUUAUACUGAUUCUAGGAGUGCAGAAGAGAGUAAAACACAAGAAAGUUACAUAUGUUUACAAGGAUUGAAAGGGAAGGUCAUAAAUCAAUGCAGAGACCUUUCUGUGGAGGCCGGUGGCAAGGGUUCUGCCAAAAAGGAUCUUAAUAGCCAGAGGAACUUGUUCCGAGAUAUUUUAGAAUUUUUUGAGUAUGGUUACUCCCCCGAAACUUCAACAAAGAUUGGUGGUGAUUCCUUGCAGACAUCAUCGUGGUCCCAAAUGAUUCAGUUAAAUUUUCUCAAGCACUUUCUUGGGGGUGGGUUUAUUAAGCAUAUGCAGGAAAAUGAGUUCCUUCAUGAUGUCUUUGAUUUCACGCCGAAGAGAAAGUUCAAUAAUAGCGAACAGAGAAUGUCUGGUGGUGAGAAGAGAUUGUUUAAGUCUCCAAAUUCAGUACUGAACAAGGCUAGAACCCAAUAUCUUAAUAAGCAGCGUUUGCAAGCUGAGGGAAGGAACUUCGGCCACUAUGCUGUCAGUGUCCCUGAGGAGGAGGCUUGAGCUGCAGUGGGAACAACAAUAAUUGUGUCAUAUGGAGGGGAUUUGACAAUUCAUUUCAUUUAAUUUUAUUCUUCAGCUUUGUGACUUUAGAUUGAUAUUGCUUUGACAUUGAUGAUAAAGAAAAAUGUAUACCUAUAUUAAGUCACCAGGGCAUAUCUGCAGCUGACAAUACGGCUUUAUGUGUAAUGGUCUCUUUUUCAAGCAAUAAUAUAGGUAGGCCAAUUUGUUUAAGAAAAAUCAAUAGCGAAUUUAGCUAGUUGACUUUAGUUUGGUUGAUGAUUUGGAAAGGCUUCAAAUAAAAUUGCUUUGAACAUGAUUGAAAAUACAAAACAUAAGGUUGAUUCGCUUA